AAGUUAUUUUCUAUAAUUAGGAGAGAAAUAGAGAGAUGCAUAGAAUAGAAUAACUGAAGAAGAGAUCCAAUUUGCUAUCUAGCCUUGGGCAGUGACAGUCGUCAGUCAAUUAGAUUCCCUACUUCCAUAACUCGCCGUGGAAAGUUAGAUUCUUACAUCGAUUCAUUUACCAAUCUAUUAACCAAUUAUGUCAAAUUCACGGUCUCUCAAAAUUGGCAUAGUUGGAUUUGGUUCCUUUGGCCAAUUUUUGGCAAAGACUAUGAUCAAACAAGGCCAUAUUCUAACAGCAACUUCUCGAACUGAUUACUCUCAUUCAUGUCUCCAAUUGGGUAUCCAAUUCUUCAGGGAUGUUAGAACAUUCAUUGAGGCAAACAACGAUGUCAUACUCAUAUGCACAUCCAUUCUGUCUUUUAAGGAGGUUCUCAGUUCUAUGCCACUUGUUUGUCUUAUGAAACCAACAACUCUCUUUGUUGAUGUUCUUUCAGUCAAAGAACACCCAAGAAAACUCUUAUUACGGGUAUUGCCAGAGGAGGCAGAUAUACUCUGCACACACCCAAUGUUUGGACCAGAAAGUGGAAAAGAUGGGUGGAAAGAUCUCAAUUUCAUGUAUGAUAAAGUUAGAAUAAGUAAUGAAGCUACCUGCUCUAAUUUCCUCCAUAUUUUUGCUUCUGAGGGUUGUAAGAUGCUACAAAUGUCCUGUGAAGAACAUGAUAAAAUAGCUGCAAAGAGCCAAUUUAUCACACACACUAUAGGCAGGACAUUGGCAGAAAUGGGUAUUGAGUCUACACCUAUUGAUACAAAGGGAUUUCAGACACUUAUUCAACUGAAGGACAGCACCAUGAGAGAUAGUUUUGAUCUGUAUAGUGGAUUAUUUGUACAUAACAGAUUCGCUAAGCAAGAGCUGGAAAACCUCCAACAUGCUUUGUACAAAGUUAAAGAGACGCUGGUUCAAAGGACAAGUGAGGAGCUGGGUCCAGAAAAAGACUGAAUGUGGAUGCAUAAUAGUCUUGUUGACCAUGUUCAUUCAUAAAAUAUGUUUUAUCACUUUCCUUAAUCAUUUUCCAUUCAUAAAGUAUUUUGAAGAUCAGUCAUUGAUCAUAAUGGAUUGUUAGGGUGAUAGGUGUGAAUGUGUCAGAUAUUGUAUGACAUGCACAUUAUCUCCGACAUCAUUCUGUCGAAAGUUUUGAACUUGACGAAAUAAUACAACUUGCCAAGGCAAAAUAAUUUCAUUUUCUAUAAAUAGAAAGUAGUAAGUUGAGAA